CAGAAGUCCGCUGCAGCACGUCUGCAAGGCCGGUGCGGUGACACUUCGAUGUCGAUCUUGAGGAUUCCCUCAGUGUCCGAGGGCACAUCCCUGAGAUUGUCCUCGCUUUUUGCUCGCCCAGCUUAGCGAUGGGGAUGAGUCCGGGGCUGGUUAGGAACGCCGCGGCCGUGGCCCUGCGCGGCGGCGGGCUGUGGCGGCACGCGCUCGCCCUGCUGGCGGAGCAGCGCGCCGCGGGGCGUGGGCCCGACGCCGUGGGCUACAGCGCAGCGGCUGGGGUCUGCGUUGCGGGCGGGCAGUGGGAGAGGGCGCUCUGCCUGCUGCCGGAGAUGCGGGCCGUCGGCAUGGACGCGACGGCGCUCGGCGAGCUGCUCGCCGCGUGCGCGGCUGGGGGGCAGUGGGAGUUGGCCGUGGCGUUGGUGCGGGAGCCGCAGGCGAGCGUGGUGGCCUACAGCACGGCGGUGGCCUGCUGCGGGGACAGCCGCCGGUGGGAGGAGGCCGUGUCUCUGGUCGGGGCGAUGCGGCAGAGGUCGGUGCGGCCAAACAUCGUCACCCACGCCGCCCUCGUCGGAGCCUGCGGGGAGGCCCUGCAGUGGCGAGCGGCCCUCCAGCUGGCCUCGGCGGCCAGGCCGUGGGACGCCGUCGUCUGCGGGGCGCUCGCGAGCGCCUUCUGCAAGGUCCGGGAGUGGGAGCUCGCGGCGGAGCUGCUGAGCGAGAUGUGGCGGGAGCGGCUGCGGCCGAACGAGAUCACGGUCGGCAACGCCGUCUACGCGUGCGCGGUGGAGCACCGCUGGGCGCUGGCGCUGAGCCUCUCGGCGGAGGCGCGUGCCGUCGCCGAGCCGUCCAGCUGGGCGUGCGGGCACGUCACGGUCUGCGCUGUAUGGAACGGCCAGCACUGGCAGCAGGCGCUGGCGCUGCUGGCCAGCGUGAGCCGGGACGGAGGCGCCCCGGCGCGGCUGGCGCUGGCGCUCCCGGCGGGCGCGGGCGCGGAGCUGGCGGAGGCGCCGGACUCCCUCUCCUGGGCAGGCGGGCCCGGCGUCGACGGCGUGGACGAGGAGGGCUUGGGCGCGGACGACCCGCUGGCGUGGGCGUGGUCGACCCGGUGGCGCGCGCCGGCGUGGCUCUGGGCUGUCGUUGCCCCUCAGGCCUGCCGCCCAGCGGCCCGCGUUGCGCCCCAGCGCGCCUCCACGAGCUGCUCGUCGCGUGCGAGACGGGCAUGCGCUGGGCGCAGGCCCUGCGCUCUCUGGCCGGGGCGUGGCGGUUGGGCGUGCGACCGGCUGCCGCCGCGUACGGCGCCUUCGUCGGCGCCUGCGCGAGGGGCCACCACGCGGCCAGGCCCGCGGAGGCGCUCCGCGGCCUCAGGAGACUGGACGGCUUUGGGGCGUCGAAGAACCUCCGCGCCAUGGCUGUUGGGCUCCAGGCGCACCUGCUGGGCCACACGUCUGGCAGCGCGCACGCCGCGGGGGUGCUCCUGCGCCGCGGGAGCGGCGCCGGGCUCGCGGGCGCCCGCGGGGGCGCCGGCGCCGCCG